AUGAUUAAUUAAAGAAAACAUAGAAGUUUUUCCCAACCUGGAUAUCAUCCACACGUACGUAUAUUGUAUAGGCCUAGUACCUUGCAUAGUGGCUGCGCUGGAAACAAAGCAGCAGGUUGGAGAUUAAAGCUAGAACUGUUUCAGUGUCAGGAGCACCUGUAUAAGCAAGAAUGAUGAAAUACAGGCAACUGGGUCACACUGGACUCAAUUUGUCUGUUCUUGGAAUGGGAGGAGCCGGGUUUGGAAAUGUUUAUGGAAAUCACCUUGAAGAAGAAGCUACUAAGGCAGUGCACCAUUCUCUGCGCAGAGGAGUGAAUUAUUUUGACACAGCAUACUGGUACGGUCAGGGUAAGUCCGAACAAUUUCUUGGAAGAGCGUUGGAGAAUGUGUCUCGAGAUAAGUUUUACAUCGGUACAAAAGUUGGACGUUAUGAACGAGAUGUAGCAAAUAUGUUCGACUUUUCCGCUAAAAAAGUGAUUGAAAGUGCAAAGGAUAGUUUAGAUCGAUUGCAGAUGAACUACGUUGACAUUCUACAAGUUCAUGACGUUGAAUUUGCCCCAUCGAUUGAUAUAUUAGUUAAUGAAACCCUUCCAGCCCUGGAGGAAGUACGUCGAUCUGGUUUGUGUCAUUUUAUUGGUAUCACUGGGUAUUCGUUAUCUACUUUACAAGAUGUGAUUUUGCGCAGCAAAGUCAAAAUUGACAGUGUACUAACAUACUGUCGCCUAACCCUCAAUGAUUCAACGCUGUUGAAGUCGUUAGAAUUCUUUCAUGAUAUGGGUGUUCCAAUAAUUAAUGCUAGUCCAUUGAGCAUGGGUUUACUCAGUCCACGGGGAAUACAGAGUUGGCAUCCAGCAAGUCAGGAGAUUAAACAGGCAUGCAAAUAUGCAGUAGCGUAUUGCAGGAAGCAAGAUGUUGACAUCACGAAACUGGCCUUAAAGUAUUCAUCUACUACUUGUGAACAGGUUGUUACAACUCUUGUGAGUAUGAACGAUAUUGCAAUGGUUGAUGAAAACAUUGGAGCAGUUGCACAACCUUUAACAUCAAAAGAGGAAGAAGUACAGGAAUACAUAUAUAAAACGUAUUUUGAACAGUUAAAACAACCACACUGGGAGGGUAUUGAAGAAAAAAACUAUUGGAGUGCAUUACGUGCAGAAAGUUAACUAUAUAGCUAGUGGUAAAUAAGAAUGUUCACACAGUAGCAUAGACGUUCUAUAAUAGUGAAGGUAUUGUGUAGUGUAGACUUUCUAUAGUAAUAGUGAAGGUAUUGUGUAGUGUACAUGCAGUGGAUAAAAACUAUGAUAAUUCAAA